AUGAAGUCUAUAAUCUCGUUUGCUAUGUUUGCUGGGGUCGCUUUCGCUCAAAGGGCUCAAAUAGGACUGCCCACUGCAGGUCAACAACUCACCAAAGGGAAUGAUGUUAUCGUCCAGGUCCAGCGUCCGAAUUCCCUGACUGGUUCUACUGAAUUGGUGGUUGCGAUCGGCAUUUCUUCUUGUGGAUCCGAGCCAUGCAAACCAGCUGAUGAAGUCAUGGGCACCAUCCUCUACAAUGGCGACUUCAAGCCCGAAUACCACGAGUCUAGCCAGCCUCCCUACCAGAACGUCACUGUAAACAUUCCCUCGUCAUUUACCGAGGGUAAUGCGCAGGUCAAUGUUGCCCAUGCUACCCUUAUGGGAGCUGGGCCUUACCCAUACUUGGAAAUACUCAACCAAACUGUGGUUGUUGUUUGA